CUAGAAUGUUCCCGGACAUGUCUCUUCUCGGCCGAACCGACUCGUUCACGCCCUUCCUUUGUUCUUUCGUUCUUUCUUUCUUCCUUCUUACGCCCAGAAGUCUGCAGGCCUUCGAAUUGAUCUGAUCAUUCUCUGCGACUGGCUGCCGAGGCAAAGCGCGAUGGCUCUGAAUCCUCAACUGUUCCAGAACGGCAUACCCGUUCCAUUCGUCAACGAGAUGUUCGUCUUGGGCAGAGACGGUGUCGAGUUCGAGGUCGAUAAGAUUCCCGGAUCCCAAGGGGGCCGUGUGAAAGCAAAAGGAACUAUCUACUUGUCAAACGUACGGAUGGUCUUUGUUGCAAGCAAGCCAGUUGGGAGUUUCACCGCCUUCGACAUACCCCUGCUAUAUGUGCAUGGUGAGAAGUUCAAUCAACCAAUAUUUUUCUGCAACAACAUAUCUGGCUUUGUGGAGCCUGUGGUACCAGAUGACCAGCACAGGGCACUUUACUCCACUCAUGCGUUUAAGAUAUUGUUCAAGGAGGGUGGAUGUGGGACCUUUGUGCCGUUGUUCUUCAACUUGAUAUCCUCUGUGAGGCAAUACAAUCAGCAUGUUAACACUGAAAGUGCGCCGCGGGUGGAUCCUUUACAAGCAGCAGCAACUCCGGUUGAUGAGAUGAUGAGACAUGCAUACGUCGAUCCAAGUGACCCUACCAAGAUCUUCUUACAGCAGCCUACUCCGGAGUCACAGCUGAGGCGCCGUGCAUACCAUCCUCAGCCUGCUGAAAACUCCAUAUGAUUGGAGUUGGAUGUUUCCGGUACUAAACAAUGCUGGUGUUCUGUAUUUGGUUUCUUCUAUGUAACUGAAAAUUGUAUCAUACUAUGUUGGCGGUGAUACUUAUAAUAAGAAGCAUGUGUAAAGUUUGAAUAUA